GGGACCUAGCACCUAUUGCUAUCGAACAUCUCCAUCUCAAGUCCACUACCUCAUCUCACGCAAGAACAAACCUUUUCAUACAAUUUCAUCCUCCAAUCCCUUCCACCAUGGCCACUGCAUAUACCAGAUACGCCGACGUGCAUAUCAACACCAAAGGCCCCGGAGAUGCACGACCAACCGCUGACCAAAUCGUCAAUGACGAAGGGCUUGAAGGCAAACUCACAGGAAAAGUCGCCUUCAUCACCGGCUGCUCCUCCGGCAUCGGCAUCGAUACUGCUCGUGCUAUGAAAGCCACAGGCGCCCGCGUCUUCGCCGCCGUACGCGACGUCAAGAAAGGCGAGAAUGCCCUUGCGGGCAUCCUCGAGCCCGGCCGCUGCGAGCUCAUCACCCUCGACCUCGACUCGCUCGACAGCGUGCGACGCUGCGUCGCGGACUUCCUCUCCCGCAGCUCCACCCUCAACAUCCUGAUCAACAACGCGGGGAUCAUGGCAUGUCCAGAGGAGAAGACAGCUGAUGGAUUCGAGCGCCAGAUGGGCACCAACCAUCUCGCUCAUUUCUUGCUUUUCCAACUGUUAAAGCCGACGCUGCUGAAAUCUUCGACACCGGAAUUCAACUCAAGGGUUGUAGCUGUCAGUUCUACCGCGCAUCGCUACACAGACAUGAACUUCGACAACAUUACUCUGGCAGGAGAGUACGAGGCCAGUCGCAGCUACGGCCAAUCCAAGCUCGCGAACAUAUGGAUGGCGAACCGCAUCGACCGCGUGUACGGCCCCCAAGGCUUGCAUGCUAGCUCGCUGAACCCGGGCGGCAUCUGGACGGGGCUGCAGAAGUAUGUAUCAGCAGAGCAACUCGAGGCGUGGAAGAAGGCGCCGGGUAUUGCGGAAUUCAUGAAGAAUCCGGCGCAAGGUGCUGCGACGACCGUCUGGGCGGCCGUGGCGAAAUGCUGGGAGGGGACUGGUGGGAAGUAUUUAGAUAAUGUGCAGGUUGCGGAGCCGGUGGAGGAGGGCUAUGCGAUAGGUGCGCCGGGGUAUGAGAAGUGGGCAUAUGAUGUGGAGAAAGAGGAUAGACUGUGGGAGUGGAGUUUGGAGGUGCUUGGGUUGCCUGCUGAUGCGUAGGCCAGGAGGGGGCUGGGUUGUAGAUAGUUGGGCAUAAUGCCGAACGAGAGAUCCUUAUGCAAGAAUGAGAACUGAAUAGAAUGGAAUGCUUGGCUAGAUGCCUCGUCACCGCCCGAUAGGGUCUGCAGCGGGCGCUUGAGCGGCCAAAGCUUUGGUAUUUAGCUCAGUGCGACUAUGACUUGGCUCGGCCUAGGCAUUAGAUUUAGAGAAAAGGGUUCGAUUGUUCGUUUAGGACAUUCAGCUUCGAAAGACGUGAAGCUGUUUUCAUAGUGACAUGAAAGAUGAAGAGUUGGGCAAACCUAGG